UCUCUGAAGAUCUCUCCUCUUCAUGACGAAAUCGAUCGGAUAUAUAUAUACAUCUCUCGGCUCCACCUUCGAGUAUAAAUUAUAUCAAAUCGUAGGAUCGGUAGGCCAGCUGCACAACGUGAAAGAUGAAGGGACAAUGGUGAUGUUCGGACAGCGGACGGUCCCUCUGAUUUACUUGCAAACUAGAGGAAUAGGAAUACGCAAGACAAGCAGAAUAGAAACACGCAUAAGAAUAUAACCUGGAGAAUCCGAGGAACUGGCGAAAAUGUCUGGUGAUCUGUUACCAGAAUGGGUGAACCUGUUCCUCGACGAUUUCGAGACUAGUCUUUGUUUGCCGAUUCUCGUGGUAAUGAUACUCUGCACUGCUCAAUUCGUAUUCAAUCACAUCUUCGACAUCGCACACGUAAUUUAUCAGAACGUGAAAGGAGAACCAACGAUGGAAGGGGCGCAAGAGAAUAUGAUGGGAAAACUGAAAGGUAUUUUGACCACCUUGGGCGUCGGCAAUACUGAUAUGACUGCGAUUCGGAACCCAACGUCGCCGACGAACGGCGUGAAUCAUUCUCAGGAAGAGGAGUGGGACUAUUGCGAGGACUAUCGCGAGCUUGAAUAACGCGCGAGUCCUUCCUUCUUUUGUGCCAAUACGAAUAAAGAAUCUCCAUAUUGUUCGACCAGCACAGGAUCUCUGACUUAUUUGUGUCGCGCGAUCGAUAAAAAUUUGAGAUAUCCAUGUAGAGUAACACCGCGAUCGGGCCUGUCUGCGAUUGUCAAUGACCGCGUCGGGCGAGCGAUAAUAUAAGGAGAGGAUAAUUAGAUAUCGAUCUAUGUCUGGCGCAAUGCCGAGUCUGUGUAUCGUCGGCAAAUAACUAACCGAUAAACAAGCGAGUCGUUAGCGAGCGCACGAAGAGACGGCGUCUAAGGUCAAAGUUUUUGAAGCACGUGAGGCAAAGUGAGAUACCAGUCGAAGACACCAAAGCGGGUCAAGGCUGGCGGCUUGAAGCUCAACUUGCACGUACGUCGCAAAAUGCUUGUUGAACAAGGCCCCGCGUUUCGGAGUAACUGCCGGAGAGUGAGAGUUAGGCAACGCUCUUAGCUUCUCUUAGCAGUCAAACUGUCACGUAACAUAGAAAUCUACAGAGUAUACAUACGUAUACAUACGUAUAUUAUGCUUUUAAUGAUGUUACGACGUUCGUAGACGUGGCGACCCUACGACCUUGCCGUAGUGUCCAAAUCUUUCCGUAGGAAUCUGUGACGACGAAACGAUACUACCUCAGCUUGAGACGAGUCCGGCAACCUGUGAAAUCUUGCGGCAUUCGCGCGCAUUGAAAACGCAGAACGACUGAAAUAUUGCUUUGUUGUCGCGGACAAUUCGCCACGUCGACGCGACGACGAUGACCUCGGGAAAUUGCAUUCACGCGACCGUCAAAUCGUUAUUACCCGGGCAUAAUUUAUACGACAAACAACAAUUCGCCCGCUCGCUCACUCGAAUAAAUGAAUUCUAUUUCGAGCGAGUGCGCACACCGCGGCCGCUAACUUCUACCUUCGGAUUUCUUUGUUUCUCGUCGUAAUCCGUACAGCCGACUUGUUAAUCAAAUGAACAAGGAAAUGAUAGGAAUGAGGUUGAUGGCUUGCGUCUUAGAUAACACAAUGACGCGGGGGGGGGGGGGAAGGCGCGAGGGCGUUCUCAGUGAUAGCAUAACGCGCCUCGAGGAUUACACAACCAUCGAUUCGGCGCGUCACAUUAUAUUCGAUGAACUCGAUUAUAGCACGAAUUAUUGCAUCGCGACUGCAUUAUCGCAUCCUUAUCAUGCGGGCACGAGAUCGGAUUAAGCGCGCGGAUAUUCAUCGAUCGACAAAUCCCGUCCUCUUGCGCAACGCGUUGCCGCCCUGUUCUCUGUCUUUUAUUUAUAAUGUGAUAUCGCGCACUCGCGCGAGCGUUACAAGAACGAAUGGACGACGCUGAGCGAUUAUCGUUCUUAUGAUAAGAAGACCGCCGGUGCGCAUUGUAACGCUCGACGUGACGCCGGCAAUCACGAAGGAAGUAGAACUAUCGUUAAUAUUUUCUUCAAAACACGAGCACGCACGGAGGCACACGUGUAUCGUUCAACGGUCACCUCGAGUGAGGUCGAUGACCCGGGUGUCUGGUGAAAUCCACGUUGACGAGAUUUGUAAUUGGCACUUCCUUGACGGUCGCGUUCGUGUUAUUAUCGACCUAAAUACUCGUUAGAAACGGUGAUUGAAAGCUGGUCGACUGUGGAGAGAGUGAUGAGAUCAGAAGAAAAGGAAAGAAGGGAAGAACGAAAGAAAGAGAGUAAAAGAGUAAGAGAGUAAGUGAAGGAAAAGAGGGAAACCCAUGUUCGCGCAAUCGACAGUUCCUGCAUCCGAUAUGUGUCUACCGUAGGUGGCAAAACGGUUUACACUGAAGAUAGGAUUUUGUUGUCGAGACGGAAAUUCGGUACUACACGCCGAACCAUAAUUAAGUUAAAAUAGAAUCAAAGAAAUGUUUGGCAAUUGUCAACACAAAAUUCAAUCGUUGCCACGAGUGUUUUGUUUCUUCAAUGAUACAUGUGUUUGACCAAGUAAAAAACAUGUAAUAAUACAAAGUAAUGAAGCGCGGCGUAAUUCUCAUGACGAUAACGUUCAUUACUUCGCGCAUGACAUUACUAUGACACGAUAUGACAUUUAAAUACAAAUGAAACUUGAGCAUGUGAUCGCUUCCGAUGCACUGAUUGGUGCACACAAGGAAGCAUGCGCGAAAUAAUGAACGUUGCCGUCAUUGAAAUUAGGCCACGCUCCACGCACGACGGAAAAUUGAGCAUCGUGUACCGCGGGCUUUACUACAUUGUGGGGGAGGAAAAAUAUCUAAAAGAUAAAAAAAUAUUCAUUCAAUGAGUAACAUGUUUA